UAGUCAUAUUAUCUACGGAACGAACCUGUUGAGUAAUACUUCUAUCAAAGAGGGACCCGAAUCACCCAAAGAAAAAAAUGGAUCCUGCAAGUCUCCUUCUCUUGCUUCUUCUCAUGUUUGCUUCCACCAUAAACGCCCAAUUCCCAGUGACCCACUGUGGUUCGACCGGCAACUUCGCUGCCAACAGCACCUACCAAACCACCCUUACCACCCUCCUCUCCUCCAUCUCCACCACCAACUCCUUGUCCCUCUCCUACGGCUUCUUCAAUGCCUCCGCUGCUAUCUCCGGUGCCUCCCAAACCCUCUACGUCUUUGGCCUCUGCCGCGGUGACUUAACCGCCGUGAGCUGCCGCACCUGCCUCAAUGUCUUGGCCUCCGACAUCCGCCGCCUCUGCCCCCUCCAGAAGGAGGCAUUCCUUUACACCGAUAACUGUGUCAUCCGGUACUCAGACACCUCGUUCCUCGGUGUAGUCGCGACAGAACCCUCCUAUGUGGUGAGAACUUCUUACGAGGUCUCAAGCCCGGACACAUACGACGCAGUGCUAAGGAAGCUCCUGAAUGCUCUGUGGGCCGAGGCGGCGGGUGGCGGCUCACUGAGAAAGUACGCGUCGGGGAACGAAUCAGCGGGGCCUGACAUGAUCUACGCGUUGGUGCAGUGCACACCGGACUUGACGAAGCAGCAAUGCAGCGACUGCCUGAUGAUAGGCGUCCAGACGAUCAGGGACUGCUGUGCCAAGUACACAGGAGGACGGUUCAUGGUGCCAAGUUGCCUGAUCCUAUACGAGACCAAUUAUCAGUUCUUCGACCCGGUCAGUCAGCCACUUCCGCCGCCGCCAUCUCCACCACCAGGUAUGUUGGGUCUUGUUCAGAGUUAG